UUUUUUUAUUGUAGGUUUAUAGUAUCUAUAAUAUAAUCUAAAAUAUUAAUAAUCAAAUUAAUCGUAGAAAUAAUCAAAAUGAGAAUACCUAAUUACCGUACAUGAAAUCUAUUUAAAAUUGGAAAUUGGAAUUAUAAUUUUUAGUCAAGUUUGAAUACUGAAAUGCACGCAAAGGGAGAUUCCAGUCAAGCAAAGGAUGACAUUGAUUUACUAGAUGAAUUACUAAACAAAACUAACUGUGCUCACCUACAUUAUAAAGUCCAAGACUGCAUAGCUACAACAAAAGACUGGAGAAAGUGUCAAGCUGAACUGAAAGAGUUUAGACUGUGUAUUGAGAAAAAUCAAAAACUUGCAAAUAAGGACAAUGUUUGAUAUUUCUAACUAUGAAUUCAUUACUCCAUUUGUUGUUGGUCUUCUGGUUGGCACAGGAGUUUCAUACAGUUAUCGCAACAUUCGACCACUACUCUUUGGUCCAUUAAAUGCGCUUUCUGUAAACAAUAAACUAGUACUAGUGGUCAGAAAUGAUUUGGGAAUGACUAAAGGUAAAAUAGCGGCACAGUGUUCCCAUGCAUCUGUUGAAUGUUAUAAAGCGGCAAUGCAACAUAAACCUCAGAUGGCAAAAAUGUGGCAAAUGACCGGACAAAAGAAGAUUGUAGUUAGUAUUGGCAAUGGUGAAAAAGGUCUUCAAGAAUUGUCAAAAGUUGCAAAAUCCCACAAAGUGCUUUCUUGCAUUGUAUAUGACGCUGGAGCAACUCAAGUCAAAGCAGGAACACCUACUGUAAUAGGUAUUGGUCCAGCUAACUCCGAUGUUAUUGACCAAAUCACUGGUCACUUAAAACUAAUUUAAGUUAUAGAAUUUCAAUAUAGCAUUAUGUUUUUAAAAGUAUUAAUUUUGUUUAUUACUAAAUUAACUGUCAAUAUCAUUUGACAUGUAUAUUUUUGUGUAAUUGAGGUACAUUAAUAACACAGUGUAAUACUUUUUUUAGUUGGUAGAAAUAUAUUUUAAUACAAUAUGUCUUUUAAUUUGAUGACUGCUAUCUGCAUUUUAAAAUCUAACUAUCAAAAUAUGAUAUAAUAAAAUUGUAUUAUUCAUUCUUGAUUCAAAAUGUACUAUAAAAUAAUAUUAUUAAAAGAAAAUAUACGUU